ACCAUUGUGAGCAAUUUGAAGUUUAACCGACGAAAUUGGCUCUAUUCGAGACUCAAACCCCCUACCAUGCAGGGUGGUUGCUCGAAGGCAUUAAGAAAGCACAGAAAAAUUGUAAUCUAGUAAAUCUUGCAAAAAACAGAUAUAUUCGCAAAAAACUAAAUAAGAAAUUUGGCAACGACAUAUUUGGGACCAAUUCAAUAUCAAGCCCAGGGCGCCCAUCUGGCAAUGUGGCGUCAUUCAAUGCUUAAUAAAGGGAAGAAGAUGAUGAAGUAAUUUUUUGAGGUUGGAAAUGAUGCAUCAAAUGUAAACAGUAAACAUACAAAUCGUGUCUUUAUUAUAAUACAAAUUUUGUAAUUAUUUCAGUACAGUUGCGUUAAAAACAAAUUUUGCAUGAUAUGGACCAAAACCAGUUGAAGACGUUAAUCAGUUUGGCCGCAUCGCUGAAAUCCAAAACACAAUGCUCGAUUUGCUCAGAUUUUAUGAAACAUAUCGCAGAAUUACAAUGUUCUCACAGAUUUUGCAGUAGCUGCAUAGCGCAGCUACGUUCUUCUAAAACCAACGCCAAAUGCCCCGUGUGCUUAACAUCCAUAGGCAGGAGAUCGAUUUGCUAUAAAGACCAGUUUGCUGAUAAAUUGGGCAGAUUCGUCAACGAUGUUUGUCAACUGAUCAAAGAUCAAUAUGCUUAUGAAGUUGAUGCACUGUCUUUCAACAAAAAUGAUCUUAAGAAAAUCAUCGAGUUAGCACCGCAGGAACUUUGUAAUGCAACAGACUCUGGCAGGCAUGUGAAAACAGAGCGGGGCUCUGACGCGUUUGAUUUGCUUAAGUCUGCCCCCAGAAAAUGCUACGUCAACAAGAAGCGGGAAUCCUUUAAUAAUAAUUCGCUAGAUAUUGCAGAUCCGAAAGCCAAAGUCAUUAAUUGGCUUAAUAAUAGUGAUCAUGCAUCCCUAAGCGUAUUAAAUCAAAGUGCCGAAUAUUUGAGUCAGGAAGAGAGUGAUUUUCAAUUGCCAUCUAUUUCUCAAGCACUAUCUGAAAGUCGAACUGAAAAUGAAAAGAAAGAAUCCUACCUAGUUCUGCCAUGCAAUGACCAUAGGAGCUUGAAGCAAAUUAUGAGUGCAGCUGAUAAUUACACUAUAGAAGAGACCCACUCUGAAGCACUAGUCAGACAGGCCGAAAUUAAAGUAGUUCAAGAACUACUGGAGGACGAGUGUUUAGAACAUUUCGAUCGAAUUGCGAAUAUAAGCAAAGAUGAGUCUGCCAACUCGAAGAAUGCUAGUAAAGUUUCGCCAGCACAAACAAAAAAGGGCAAAAAGCGGAACUCAGGGAAAAAGUCCACCAGUCCGAACCAUUCUGGAUCUUCCUCAGGGUGGGAUCGAAUGGAAAACUUAACAAAAAGCCUUAAAAAAGGUUCCAAGGGAUAUAAACAGCUUAAAAUACACCACGGCGAUAGUGAUGGCAAAAGCAAAAUGAUUACCAGAAAUAAGCAAAAUACAUCUGCUGAGGAAAAAGGCAAAAAACAAGCUGAACCCGAAAAUAAACGUGUUGAAGCAAAGAAAAAAUCAAACCGGAAAAUGGUUGUCGUCCUUAACAGGGACGAGAAUUUAGACCUAAAAGAAAAUAGUUUGAAGAAUAUUACGGUUAAGAUAGAUUCAGUAGUUUCCAACAAGAACCAAUCACUACAAAGAAAUAACUUGCAAAAAGGAAAUAAAUUAACUGUAACUUCCACUGACGCUGAUGUGCCCAAUGUACUAGCUCAAACUCUGCCUGAGGCACUGAAUAACACGAAUAUCUUAUAUUCCGUUGCACCCGUUCCCGAUGAAUUGGAUAAUAUACACACUAUAGCUAAUCUUUUAACCGAUAAAUUAAAAGCAUGUGCUAAAGCUUCCAAGCAGAGCAAUUCUAAAGGCUUAGCUGAUUGUUUAGCUAAUCUUCUAACAUACGCUAACAGAAUUGUACAAAUUAGUUCAGAAGAAGCUAUAAGAGAAAACACGCGCGCUGGGAUAAAUUCAGGAGUUGUUAUGCAAACUGGAAGUGUGGAUAAAUGCGUACAAACUGUUAAAAAACAGCUUCACAGUGUUGAAAUUCAAACUGAAUGUGUUAAUCUAUCCACGCAAACUAAUGAAGAACGUUUAUUAACAGUUCCUGAAGCUGACCAAAAUAUUUCGCAACCACACGGAAGUAAAACCGGGGAAAACAAUGCCAAAGAAGAAACGCAGAGCAAAUUAUCAGGACAGUCAAUAAUCCCAAGCACUCCCAUUCAGAUUUUGAGAAAUAAAUUGCGGAAUUCUAGAUGUAAAAAUGUCAUACCGAUUUCGACGGACGAAUCUAGCGAAAAUAAGACGACCCAACAAUCAAACCGCAUAUUAGAAAGUCCGGUUGCUACUAAUAUUUUGGAGUCAAAAAAACUUUCCGGAGAUAAAGUCACCAAUAGCAAAAGUCAAAAAAGGAGAUUUAAGAGAAUACGACAAGAAACUGCAGACAGUGAUUCUGAGGAAUCGGAGCAUCCAAGUAAACGAAAAUUUCUAAGAGACGAUUUGAGUGUUGAGUUUGUAGACUCAGCACCUUCAGUGGGAAUUCAGCUUGAAUCGCAAUCUGCCUUGGACAGUCAAAAUAUGAAUUAUGAUGAAUAUCUCCUUGAAGUAAUGAAAAAGUACGAUUCUGCUUCUGAGAAUGCAGCAACCAAAAACGUUCAAAAUAUUGCAACUCCCUCGCCAAUUCCCAAUAGAAGCGCAGUUACCAAUACAAACGUAAAAAUUAAAAAAUCUCAGAAAGGUCCUGAAAGUGGUGAGCACAUUUUUACCGAGUGUCUCGCUCUAGAGGAAAAUUUCAGUAAAUUUGAUAACGAAAUUUUACAAUUUGAAAAAUCUGCAAGGACCUGUAAUACGGAAAUGGAUAUUGUGGAAAACACGCCGGCAGUCACUCCAAAGUCAAAGAGAAUGAGGCUUUCAAGCAAGAAAAACUCACUUGCACAAACAGAUGCAGUUUCAAGGAAAAAGCCACCAUCUAGUUCUCAUAAUAAAAAUAACAUCGGGCUCACAGAAGAAUUGCUGGGAAACAUGGCUGGUCCUUCUACAUUAGAUCGAAACAUUGAAAUUGUUCCUUCUCAAAGUGAGAAGCUUUCCGACAACGUAAGAGAUAUUUUAGAGGAGUUAAAGGAGAAUGGUGAACUGUUUGCGGACAAUAUUGAGGAAGAGGAUAGCGGCGGUAAUGUUGGUGAUAGUAAUAUAAAGGCGACUAUCCAGGAUAAUGUGAAUAGAGUAGACUUUGACAAUGAUCCACAAAUUGAAGAAGAACUUGGCAAAAUAAGUUUCACUGCUGCUGAAGCAAAUACUUCAAAACGCAGCAACGUGAUUGUUUUGGAGAAUAUCAAGCUAAGAAGUCCAAAGGGAAAUAAGAGAGGUGAAGAUCUGGUGGAAUUAAUGGAUAGUAGUGAUGAAGAAAUCAUAGAAACCACUCCACAGAAGAAAAAAUCUACCUCGAUGGAUCGAGGUGUUUUGGAAAAUCUACCCUUUGAGGAAAGUAGAUGUGGCUCAGCGAUCGAUGACGAUCCCGAUUACAAUUUAUCGGGAAUAUAUUUGCCUCCGCCCCCAGAAUUUGAGGAUCAAAUAAACGAGAGCCAACCUAAUCAAAAUGUGAAUUGCAACGGAACUACCAUGAAUCGAUCUACAUUAACGUCUGAUCGAUUUACAGAUUUCUUGGUCACUCCGGAUGAGAAUGCCAGACAUUCUGAAAAACCAUCCGAUAUUAGAGCUUCGAAUGUAACGCCCAACAGGUCAGUUUCUAGAAAACUUCUGCCGGAUCCUAAACCAUCGGAGGGCGUUUUCCAUGACACAGAAAGUGUAUUUUCACCCAUUACUAAAUCGUCCAGACUAGUAACUCAAAGUCAUCACAAUCCACUGGUUUUUACACCCAGGCUGUCGUUGAAAAAACCCACCUUAUUGACGUCGACCCCGAAUCAAAAAAGUAUUUUAAACUAUGUGGUAUCCUCACCAUCUCAAGAUAGGCCACGAAAGCAAUCUCAAAAGUCGAAACCAUGUAUUAUGUGGUCGCGAAUUCUGAAUAAGGAUUUAAACGUGUUCACGCAAUUGGAAUGCAAAAAGCUACUGACGACUUCAAAAGUUUUCAGUCCGCAAGUGACCCAUGUAAUAGUGCUGGUGGACGAAAAAGGCCAAAUAGUUUCCCAUACAGCUAAAAUUUUGCAGGCAAUUGCCGCUGGAAUUUGGGUGGUUCGAUACGAAUGGGCGGUGGAUUGUUUGCGAAUGAACCAAAUUGUUCCCGAGGGUCCAUAUGAAGCACUAGAUAUAUCAGGAGUGCCCGGUCCUCGCAUGUCUAGACUUUCGAAUAAGUCUGAACCAUUAUUUAAAAAUUUUAGAUUUUUCUGCGCGUCUCCAUUAGAAAGCAUUUCGAAAGAUGAUCUGCAGAGCAUACUGCGGUUGGCUGGAGCAGAAAUCGCUACAAAUUUGAGCGAUCUAUCAGUUAGAGAUGAUAAAGUGUCCUUAAUUUUAACGGAAAGUUCAGCAUCUGAAGAAACUGAACGAUUUGAAGCAUGGUUAGAAAUCUACAAAACGGUAACAGUUGAUGUCGAAUGGCUUUCAAUCUGCAUCGGUCAGUAUGAGUUAGUAAGUUUUCGACAAUACUUGGUUGCUGGUGAUGAAGCCUCUAUAUGUGAUCUUGGCUAUCCUUCUUCUUUGAUUCAAUCUGCACCAUUUAGUUUAUCAGAAACGACCUGAUUGUUAAAUCUUAUCUGAUUCUACAGAAUGUUGAUGGUUUAAUACCGAUACGAAUAAGAAGGGCCUGGAUAUGAUAAAAAAUAUAAAAGUUACCUACUAAUUAACAAGAAUAUUUUUAUAAAUGUUAAUCGCAGUUGGAGAUAAAUAUUUAUUUUGAUUACAUAAAUAUAUUUUGAGGCGUUUUUGCAGAAAUAAAUCACUCAUUGUGAUCCUUAUUUAA